UGCCCCAUCAUUGGUGUCAGUGGGAGGAAUAGUGCCCCAUCAUUGGUGUCAGUGGGAGGAAUAGUGCCCCAUCAUUGGUGUCAUAGGGGAGGAGGAAUAGUGCCCCAUCAU